GCGAAAAAACAAAACAGAAAAAAACAAAAAAAAAACAAUAAAGGAGAAGCAGCUCCAUCCAAGUCCACUCCAGCGCCGCCGCUACUCCCGCUCCCCACCGGCGCGCGCCGCCGUCUCCCCCCACGCCGGCGCCGCCGUGUACCGGGGCUCCCGACUUCCCCUUCCACCGGAGCUGCUCUUCGGCCUCCUCCCCCUUCGCCGGCCGCAGCAGCAGAAGCACCCAGCGCCCGUGAGCCCGAGUCGCCCCCCACCUCGGCGAGGCCUUGACCUAGGCUGUGAUUUCUGGCUGUCUAACUACGUAAAUUCAUAGGCCCUGUUUGGUAUGGCUCCAAUUCAAAGUUCAAGGUCCAAUUCAAAGUUCAAGGUUGGGACUGCUUCAUGUUGGAGUUGGGGUUGAUUUAGGAAGGUGUUUGGCCAGAUGCUAAGAAAUACAUUCUGCCCUGCUGGAUCUGCAUUCCCCAUAUCCCCUUCCAUAAAGGACCCCUCAUUCCCCUUCUGCGCCUGGUCAUAUUUGCGCACUCCAUUUCGAUCUGCCUGUGCGCAGGAAAGAAGUCGAGCAAAUCAAUCCCCAAAUCCUCUCAUAUAAUUCGCAAGCACCUUGCCACCACCGUUCUUCGACCGGAUCCUAUCAAGAGAAAAACUCUUCUCUUUCCACUAUUGGAGAUCUGACUACUUUCCUUGGGUUCCUUUCACGGGCACUCGUCUGUGCUUCUAUGUGCUGAUUUUGGUGGAUUCCAGUGUACCGAGCUUUUCGUCGACAAGGAUGCCUGGCCUACCUUUGACUGACCAUGAUGCAGUGAAUACCGGAUGUGAAUUUGAUUGUCAGAGGUCUUCAGACCAGAUGUGCUGUGAGCACUCUGUCGCUCAGUUCUCUUCAGAUCAACAACUUAACCCUGAAGAAAAUUUAGCUUUAUACUGCAAGCCACUUGAGUUGUACAACUUUAUUCGACACCGAGCCAUUGAAAAUCCUCCUUAUCUUCAAAGAUGCCUUCUUUAUAAGAUACGUGCAAAACAAAAAAAAAGGAUACAGAUAACUAUAUCAUUACCUGGAAGUAACAAUAAGGAAUUGCAAGCACAGAAUAUCUUUCCUCUGUAUGUUCUGUUUGCUAGACCUACUUCAAAUGUUCCUAUAGAAGGACAUUCUCCAAUAUAUCGGUUCAGUCAGGCCCGUUUGCUUACUUCCUUUAAUGACUCUGGGAAUAAUGACCGUGCUGAAGCCACAUUUGUUAUUCCUGAUCUGGAGACUUUAAUUGCCACCCAAGCUUAUGGUCUUACUUUUAUCCUUGUUAGCCGCGGUACCAAAAAAAAUAAAGGGCGAACUGGACAAAAUCUUUGUGAAAAUGACUGUUCUGAGAAACAUGUGGACUACUCUUCUCUCCGAAAGCUUGCAGGGAAAUGUUUCUGGGGUAAAAUUCCGAUCACUUUACUUAAUUCAUCUUUGGAGACUUGUGCGGAUUUAAUUUUGGGGCAUAUAGUGGAGUCACCUAUCAGUAUAUGUAUGAGCCCAGGCUACUUAGAGCCAACAUUUCUUGAGCAUGACAAUUGCUUGUCAUUUUGUUCCCGUAAAGCUGAUGCUAUGGUUCCAUAUCAGUUGCAAGUAAAAGUAUCUGCAGCAGAGGCUGGUGCAAAAGACAUACUCAAAUCUCCGUAUAAUUCCUUCUCAUAUAGUGACGUCCCACCAUCCUUAUUACUGCGUAUUGUAAGGCUAAGAGUUGGAAAUGUGCUCUUUAACUACAAGAACACACAAAUGAGUGAAGUAACGGAAGAUUUUACUUGCCCGUUUUGCUUGGUACGGUGUGGGAACUUCAAGGGUCUGGAAUGUCACAUGACUUCAUCACAUGAUCUGUUCCACUACGAAUUCUGGAUAUCUGAAGACUACCAGGCUGUUAAUGUUACGCUGAAGAAAGAUAACAUGAGAACAGAGUUUGUGGCAGCAGAAGUUGAUAAUAGCCAUCGGAUCUUUUACUACCGAUCAAGGUUUAAAAAGAGUAGAACAGAAAUACUUCCGGUUGCGCGUGCAGAUGCACAUAUUAUGGAAUCAGGAUCACCUGAAGAAACACAAGCGGAGUCUGAGGAUGAUGUCCAAGAGGAAAAUGAAAACGCUUUGAUUGAUGAUUCUAAGAAAUUACAUGGUAGCAAUCAUUCACAAUCAGAAUUUCUGGCAUUUGGGAAAUCAAGGAAGCUAUCAGCAAAUCGAGCUGAUCCCAGAAAUCGUCUACUUCUGCAAAAACGUCAGUUCAUCCAUUCUCAUAAGGCACAGCCAAUGACAUUCGAAGAAGUUCUCUCAGAUAAUGAUAGUGAAGAUGAAGUAGAUGAUGAUAUUGCUGAUUUGGAAGAUAGAAGGAUGCUUGAUGAUUUUGUUGAUGUUACAAAAGAUGAGAAGCGCAUUAUGCACAUGUGGAAUUCAUUUAUUCGAAAACAAAGUAUACUAGCUGAUAGUCACGUACCUUGGGCUUGUGAGGCAUUCUCCCGACAUCAUGGAGAAGAACUUUUAGAAAACUCCGCUUUACUAUGGGGAUGGCGCAUGUUUAUGAUCAAACUCUGGAAUCACAGUCUACUCUCUGCCCGCACAAUGGACACCUGCAACAGAAUUCUUGAUGACAUAAAAAAUGAAAGAUCAGAUCCUAAGAAACAAUGACGUGUAGGAAAUAUUGGCCAACUUGUGUACCAUGGUGUUGAUUCUGAUCAUUUCAAAGUUUCUUAAAAAAACAUAAGCUUUCUCUGAAGCCUGAAUGAUCCAAAGUUAGAAACAUAUAUGCUGAGGUUGUCAUUGUUUUUACUUGGAGAAGCAGAGAACUAUUCUCAAUUCGAUUCAUUGAUUAAAACUGAAGGGCCAGGUCCAGGGCCUGAUAACAAACUUUCUUGUUCUGGAUGACAUUCAGUUCCAGCCAACACCUGGAUAACGUGAGUUUACAUGGACCAUUCGUUGUUCAGCUCUGUGGAGCAUUAAUUUUUUUUUAAUUUUCUUAUUCAGCACCAUUAAACUGGAUGUAUGCUAGUUAUGUGAACUUCAGCGAGGAAUAUAGGAUUCUGAAACAAAUUUCCAAA